CAUAGAAGCAGCCAUCAUAAAUAUAGGACUUCUGGUACGAAUCAACUAAUCAAUAUAUCCAGAAUGUCCCGCUGCAAACCACCGAAACCGGUGUCCUUUCCCACACCGAUACGCUACGAAUGGAGCAAGGCGUACCUGGCCCGACCGAAGGAUAACCUCAUCGCCCAUCCGGACAGCUUGCUGAAGCAUCCGUUCCGGCCAUCGUUCGAGAAGCAUGGUGAUCCAACCAUGGACUGUCUGCUCGACUGGUCGUACGCGAGAAUUUGGCACUCGGAGGCGGAAGCGUUUCGCCUGAACCGGACGUUUACGGAAAAACCGGCACCGAAGAAGAAGUUUCCGAUCUACGCGAACCGUAAAGCGCCACUGGUGGAGGUGAGCAAGGAACGGUUCAACAUGAGACGGUUCCAGAAUGUGCCGGCCAAGGUGGAAACACGGCGUACCGCAGCAGCUCCAUUGCGUCCGUUGUGUACUUUUUGAAGGGUGAAAUUGGUCGUUGGGAUUUGUUUAUUCCACGAAACUAAAUUUCCCACACAAUUUCGUCUGGUUGUGCAAAAUCUAGUGUAUGUCACUGUAAAAUCUCGUGCGUGAAUAUCUCCCCCUUCCAACCGCGAACAGAGCAUUCUCUCGCACUGUUCCUCUCUCAAAGCAUGGCUCCCCAUUUUACGCUCACAACUUCUCUCCAGUUACCAGUAAACAUGUGCGUUCGAAUUGUUGCGAGCGAGUGACAAAGCAAGCGCUACUGCCAGCUGUCAAAUGUCCUUCGCCGGACAUAUCCUUCCAACGUGCGUGUUGUACAAAAAGAAACAGAAAGAGAUGGCAAAUGUUGGAGAGCAUGCGAAAUAAAAAGAAAAAAAAAAGGGUAAAAAGAAGGGAACACUUACAUCAAAAACACCUUUCUUCGCUGCGUGUCGGUGUCACAGGCUCGAGGAGUUUUGUGUUUUUGUGUGCAUAAUUUUCCACCAACCUCCCAACCAAUCAACGAUGACUGAACUGUAGGGAAAGCUGA